GGAGAAAGGGCGGGAUAAAAGGGAAGGCGGUGGUGGCGACAAAGUCCUGGGGCUGGUUUGGCAGCGCUGCCUGGGCGCCGGGAGCAGCUGGGAGCAGAGGUUUUAGGGAGCGGGUCUGCGAGGGAGUUGUGGUUCGGUGCUGCCGCUCUCUGCAGUAGCCGGGCUCUGGCGUGUGCUGCCGUCCUGAGUCUGGCCCGGCUCUGUCCCUCACGGCCCGGCUCUGUCCCUCACUGCCCGCCCGCGUCUGGCUCCAGAACCGUCCACACCUUUGACUUUAUUCGUAGACCGGCCUGAAGCUCGGCUCCGAAGCUAUUCUGUGCUUCCCUCAGGGCUCCCUGAGGGUGCAGGGGUGGCCCUGAACGCAUCCUGUAAAUGGAUCGUCUUGGAUAGAAAUAUAACUCCAGGCUCUCGAGUUAUGUGCCUUAAAACACAAAUAAUACUUUGCACUAUGUUAAGUAUUUGCCACGUUUUUAAAUGGCAUUAUAUUAAACAUUUCUCAAAUGCUAACGCGCCUGCUUAACAAAAGUGACGUUUUAGUAAUCAACGAAUGAACGGUAUCUUUUUCAGGGACUAGUUUAUGUACUUAUUUAUUUGUCUUUAGUUUUUAUGGGCAAUAAUUGUUUUUAAAGCAGCGAUUUUCUUUACUACGUUGUUAACAGGGCAGCUGAGUGAAACUAAUUUAAGUGCAUGUUGAAAGGGAAGAGCGAAUGUACCAGUACAGUUGGUGAAAGUUACAGUAACAUAAUAGUUAUAAUUUUUAAGUAGGUGUCUUUUAUACAAAAGGUAGGCAACAUUAUUUAUCUUUGUCUUUUAAGUUAUGGUGCAAAUCCUGUAUGGAUCAUCGCUUUUCAUUUUCACUCUUUCAAACAGUGGCUGCUGUAAAUAUGGCCAAUAGAAUAAAAAUCCAUCUCUUCCCACAGAAUUUAUGGUCUUAAUAGAGAAAAUGUGCUGGGGAAAAAUACUGUGAGCAAAUAGUGCGAUGUCUUAUUAGGUUUGGUUAAUUCUGUGUUGCACAUUUCAUUUUACUGUGGAUGUCAGCGUCUGCUUUUGUCUCAGUAAGCUGCCAAGGGAUUAAUAAACACAUUUAAUGGAUAGGUAGUAGUAAUGUAAAAAUACUUAAGUGAGAAUGGGAAACCCAGUAGCCUGUUAUGUCUUUGAACUGAAAAUCUGUGCAUAAAUCUGCAAGGAAUAUAGACUCUACAGAGCCAAAACAGUGUGGAAAAGCACCUGUAUUGGAAACAAAAAAUAUAGGAAGUGGCUUUAUAAUGUCAAUGCUUAGAGACAAAAUGUUGGGAGGAAUUCUUGGAAGUAAAAUACGGGAGAGAGGUAGGUAGGGUGUGGCAGUGUGUGUACAGCUCAGUUGACAUGAUGAUUUAAGAAGGCCUUUCUUCUCACAGGAAUCAAUGAGGAAACAGAGGAAAAGUCACUUAUAGACAGAACUCCUGGACAGAUCAUUUUGGUUUCUCUACUGUGAGAUUUGAGAAUAAGUUUAGCCUGACCGUAGUUUCUGUUGUCAUAGACUGACCUUAAAAAACCCCAAAAUCUCACAAACAACAAAGCCCUUAAGGAAAAAUGUCCAAAUUUCUGGCUUGCCCUAGGACAGACUUCCAGUGUGACACUGAACUAAGAAUUCUCUUUAUGCUUUUGGUUUUUCACAUGUGUAACAGCAACACAGGAAACUUCUACCUUGCAAGGCUCUUUGAGAGGAAAUCUGUGAGAUGUUACUGGUGUGGUGCGGGGACAUAGAGAUUUUUGUAAUAAUUAACAAUUCAAAUAAAUGAAUGCUUUGAUAUUCUAGUGACCCAUGUAACAAGUUGCAGUCAUUAGGGAAGCCCAUUUUACUAAAAUUACUUAUAAGAAAUUUUUAAAAGUAAAUUGUAGGAACGGGUGAUUAACAGAUGGAAACUAUAGAAUAAUAUAUUUUGGAAAUGGAAACCUUGUCAGAGUUAACCAGAAUAUUUAGCAGUUUUGCACACUAUGAAAGUGACCAAAAUAGCUGAGUCCAGCAAUGUCAGCUAGAAGAAAAAAUUGAGUGAUGAGGUGAAUGUGUAUGUCUGAGUGGUUUGCAUUCCCAGCGGAAGAUGGACUGUGAGCUCUUUGAGUUCCCAUGAAAAACAAAAAUAAUAACCUAAAUGCAUUGAAGAGUACUUCCUAAUAUUGGAAGAGGUACUGUAGUUGAGAACUGGAAUUUAAAGGCUGGAAGCUAUGGAUGUGACUAUGGUAGCAGUAACUCUUUUUGAUUUACCUCUCUGACAGUGCCUUCACUGUGUGAUUUCUAUCACAGAGCUGUACUUAGGAUGUAGAGUCUGUCUCGACUUCCAUGCUGUCAAGAUUUACCCAAAUAAAAUACCUUGUGGCAAAGAACUUCAUCUCAGGAAGAAGAUGAAAGAUAAUGUUGGUGAAGAACAUUUAUAUUUGGCUUUUUCUCAUCAGUACAGAGAUAGUAUCUUUCCUCUUCAUACAUCUAUCUCACUGUUUUUGCUAUCCUACUGUGACUGCAAAUUAUUUAAAGUUUUUUUAGUGCCGACUGGCGAAGAUGUGGGUGAUCAGUGUGUGACAAAAAACCUCGCUGGUGAUCUUGAGGUCCAUUUAAUCUCCAGAUGUCAGCUUCCAGUGGUUGUGCAGAGCUGCAGUUUACCUGCUGUUGUCGUGAAAGAUGACAAAUUCUGCCGAGCUGGGCUUUCUGUGGUCUUAAGACAUAUAAUACAGAAAACAUUCGAGGCAGAUCCAUCUAAAAAGGAUCUUUUGGAACUCCUGGGCUUUAAGAAGACCUGCUUAAAAGCCUGUGCUGAAGUUAGCCAGUGGACCAGGCUCUGUGAGAUCAGCAUACCUCUGGCUGUUGAAAGAUUUUUGACAGCCUCUCCUGAGAAUUGCCAGGCUAUUCCUCCUGACAUUUUGCUGCUGGAAAGGAAGCUUGGAGAGCCUGUCCGAGUACAUAACGAUGACAAAAUUCGAAGGCAGAAACUUCAACAACAGAAGGCAGGUACCAAGGCUGCAGUGCCUGUGCUUGGUGAAGAAGCAACAGAGGAAUUAAAACCAGGAGUCCAUGAGCAUCCACCCCCAAGUUUGGAACUGAGCGUUGCUUUCUCUAAACUACUUGCCAAGGAAGCACCAGAUGCAAUCAGCAGGGAGGCCCCUCACAUCAGGAGAACAAAAACCUCUGACCUUCCACUCUUGGACCAUGUUUUUGCGGAAGGACUGUAUUUUACUGUGGCAGACCUAGUGCUUUUGCCAUGCAUCCAUCAGUUCUUGGUUUCCAGCAAAAAACAAGGCAAAAAUCUGGUAAACUUGCCACUGAUAUCCAGUUGGUAUCGAAGAGUUCAAGAGGUACCUGGAGUAAAGAAAGCUGCUGGCAAAUGCAACAUGGAGCUUCUCCAGCUUCCAGAGCUGAUGUCUGCUCCUGGGGAGCAGCUACAGAAUUCUGCUUCAGUUCCUGAUGAGUUGGAAGAGGAUAAUGAAGAAAGUCAUUUUAUAGGUGGUCCAAGGCCAACCAUGACUAAGUUAAUGGAAAAUGGAAUUGAAGCAAAGUUUUCUCCUCAUCCGUGCCCCAGCUGGACCCUAGACUGGACCAGUCUUCCAUCUGCAGUCAGUCCUGGGGAAGGAAAGAUGUCUAGAGACCGGGCUCUCAGGAAGCAGCAGCAGCUGAAUAAUUUGGUAGCAGCAGUGACAAAGCUCGCGAAACCUGGAGAUUUGAUUGUGGAUUUUUGCAGUGGAGGGGGCCAUGUUGGAAUUGUUCUUGCCUAUAUGAUGCCAUCAUGUCAGGUGGUACUUAUAGAAAAUAAGGAGUUGUCUCUGAUCCGUGCUAAAGACAGAAGUGAUGAACUAGGUUUAAACAACAUUUGGUUCAUUCAAGCAAAUUUGGACUAUUUUAAUGGGACUUUUAACAUUGGGGUGGCCCUGCACGCCUGCGGGGUGGCCACAGACAUGGUGAUUGAGCACUGCCUCAGGGCACGGGCAGCCUUUGUCAUCUCCCCCUGCUGCUACGGCUUCAUUCAAAAUACAGUCAAGUUCAAAUAUCCACGAAGUCAUCAGUUCAAAGAAAUUUUGUCCUACAAGGAGCACAUGAUUCUUUGCAGAUUUGCAGAUCAGACAGCUGUUCAGCUUCCACCUGAACGCAGGCUAAUCGGAAAGCAGUGUAUGGGACUUGUGGAUCUGGAUCGGGCAUGGGCUGCAGAAGAGCAUAACUACUCUGUCCAAGUUAUAUCUAUGGAGCCAGAGAGUUGUUCUCCAAAGAACAAUAUGUUUGUUGGCAUCCCUGCUUAGAGUGUGAAACUUGCACUUGAUUUGAAGCUGAACAUAAAUCUUCAGUGCAUAAUGACAUCCAGCAGAUAGAGGCAGCACUGGAACCAGACAUCCUGCAUCUUGAACGCAUUGCCUUUAGAAGGGGAAGCAGCCCCCAAGGUCCUAAAAAGCAAACUGCAUGCAGAGCAUCACAAAUCAACUUGUAAUGUGUCGUUAAGCAACUUUUGGUUCUCAUACUGAGAAGUUUCUGGAUCUAAUGACUGUGCAUGGAAUUAUAGCCAUCUGUAAAAGUUCAGAAAAAGCUGGCUUUGUUCAAGGAAAGGUGAUUUCCUUUUCAGUAAAGCUGUGUCUUGGCUGCUUGGAAAUUGCAUUCGUGGUCAAAACAGCAUUUGUGUUCAUAAGCAGAGCAGUUAUCAGCCAGCAGUGCUGGUCACCAGAGGAACAGAGAAGAUCAAAUUCACUAUGUUACUGAAGAUGGCUGUGCAACAGGAGUUGGCCUGACUUUGCCAAAGAAUUGCAUACUACUGUAGGAAGAUUAUUUUUAAUAAAAGUUCAUCAGAAUACCUUGGGCCUCAAUCUGCUUAUUAAAAAUGUAUUCUAAUCUGAUGAUUAUUUUUUAAAAAAGACUUUAGAAUUACCUUUAAAUAUUAUGCAAAGAUUCUGUAACCAGGCAUUUGACAUUGGGUUUAAAGAAACCCAACUGCUCAUUAUGCGUUGACCAGAAAGUGGGAGGUAGACAUGAUGUUAGUGAAUGGAUACUUCACUGUUGCAUUGAUAAGAGAAGUGUGUUGGUUGCCAUUCAUAAGAAACUUGCUGUCAGAAGAAAUAUUUAAAAACAGUUCAUGUGUCUACAUACAUCAUCUUCAUUGAUUUUAUAUUCAGUUUAAAAUUUCACCAAAGUUGCAGUGUGGAACCAUUUGAAAAUAUAAUUGUGGUUAUGCCAUUUUAAAAUGAAAAGAAGCAUUCUCCUGUGCUCCAUUUCCCCUCUAAUUUUAAAUCAUCUGUUCACACAAACAUGAUGAAGAUAGCUCCUAAUGAGAUAUUUACUGCAUCUUUAGGGGUUAUACACAUAUGUGAAUUCUGCCAUGUUUCUAUUUAAAUAAUCUGAAGUUUGAAAACUUGUGAACAUAGCUUCAGGACACGGCAAACUGGAUUGCAAACAAUAGGUAUUGGAGCAAAAAAAGGAUCCAAAAAUAUCUUAUUAUUCAUGAAACUUAGCUAUCCAAAAUAUCUAAAUACUUGAGGCUUUUUUCAUGUGAACACAUGGAACACUACCCACUUACUUAAAAUGCACAAAAGUGAGCAAGUAAGAGUGAAUUCUUACCUUUAGCCUGAGUUUUCCCACAGAUAAUGAUGGAAUGCUUUUUCUGCAACUAUUUGUGUUUACAGGAGUAAUUGGAAUUUUGAAGAAUGCGUGGCAACUACAAAGUACAUGGCAAUGCCAAUUUUCUCCAGAGUUUUCUACAGUAGUUGCCCAAUGGGAAUUCAGUUUCUAAAUUAGUGGUAGGUCAAUCUGAACAUUAGUCAUGUUAAAUUACUUUUCUUGAGUGAGCAAAUGUCUCUUUAUGACUUUUUUGUGCUGAAGGAAGAGCUCAUCAAGGUGAGGCACCUGUUGGAAACUGUGAUGCUGUUUACCGUAAGCAUUUUCACACUGCUCUACUCCAGUGGAUAACAAUACGAAUGUUUUAGUUGUGGUGGUGUUGAACAUUUGGCAUGGUCUGAUACUAUGCAAUAAUACAGAGCUUUCAGCAGAGCAAAAUUCUGUGCUUUUACAUGCUUCUUAUUUCCUACAAUAUCUGUAUCAAUAGUUUGUAAUAGCUUUUGGAUCUACCUGAAAAGAGGGAAUAUGUUUGAGAUGUGCAACAGAGUACAUAUGUGCUAUGGAAUGAAAAAUAAAAAUGGAUUUUUAACAGGCAAAACCAGGAUUUCUUAAGAGAGUGGAAAAGGAACCUUAUUUGGACAAAUGUCCAAGAGUUUAUUAGGUGUUUCAGAUGGUCAAGAAAAACAGGUGUAGUCACACAAGAAUCCAAGUAUCAAUCUCUGUUUCAUUUACUGGAUUUUUUUUUUCAAUUUUAUUAAAGUACCUGUUUUCAUGACAGUUAAUGAAUACUGUUAAGACAGUUUCCCACAGGUGUUGCUUACUUGUGACUUAAGUAAAUUAUUUUGUAUCUGCAGCCCCACGAAAAAAUAGGCUUCACAGGAAGAAAAGGUUUAUAGAAGCAAGGGAGAAAACCUGCAAAAGUAGUGCUGUGUUUAUAUGCAUGAUGACAUUCCAUUUUUUCUUGGAUGAGCCAAACUAUACAAAGUAGUUUAUAGCAAUUUUUUUCCUUCCCAAAAUCAGGGAUAUUUCAAUGGCAUCUCACAACAUACAUCAUCUUGAUGGCUUACAGGAUUAGUGAGACUGCAUUCCAUUUGUGAUACUGGUGUGAGCUUGUUGCUAUUGGCAUCAAUGGGCUCUGGUUUCUUCUCAGGAGAACUGAAUCUUUCUCAUGUCCAAGGAUGGAGUUAUGUUACUAUGAAUGGUAAAGCCUGAACUGUCCUUCAGAUGAACAGAUGCUUGUUGAAAACUGAAGAGAAGCACAUGAAAAAAAGCAUAAAAAACAAGACUUGCAGCAAGAGAUAAUACCUAAUUCACCACAGAUUAAAUUGCUAAACUGGCAUGUACUUUUCACUAGAAAUAGGAGCUCAAUUAUAUUAAUUUUUAAAGGUAUGCUACUUUGCCCUGUGUUUCUGUAUACAUAAAUGGUAUGGAGUUAGUAGAGCCUAAAAUUGCCUAAACAAGGUGAUUAGACAGCGUGGUCCUGAUGAGUGAACAACUAUUGUUCUAGCAGCUAGUUAUGCAAGGAGCUAUCUUGAUGUCCGAGGUGCGUAUCAAAAUACUAUUUGUGUUUUUCAUUUGUCUGGCCCAUUGGGAUCAGCUAUAGGGUGAAUAAAAUGCUGUCCUAGCAUAGUCAUGAUUUUCCAUUAUCUUGACAGUCUUCUUUUAUGUUUUCCUUGUAGCCUGUAAUGCUGGAAAAAGUAACCUUGUAAGAGGAAACAGAUGACCAAGCUGAAGGUCCUUUGUGUCUUAAACAUUAGUACAUCUGUGUGGACAUGUAUCCUUAUUUUUGGUUUUUCAUUUUUGUCUUUAUUGUGUUAAUUGUCUGCUUUUUCAGACAUAUUUCAAGAGGUCUUGGUAUUGCUGUAUUUAGGCAGGGGUAGUAAUAAACAAAGGACAUUCCUAGUAGGUUCAUUGUGCCCCUUAAUUUUUAUGUGGCUUGAUCUUAACAAAAAAAAGUAAAGUGUUACUAUUAUUCUGAUAAAGCCAUCUUUUGAUUUUUGCUAUUAAUGAAAGCUACGUGAGUGGUCGAAAUUACUCAAAGAUAAUCUUUAAGUAAACACACAUAAAAUUAUUUACUUAGAGAGUGGCCAUAAAUUUUAGACCAAUGUUUUCUGUUUCUCAUUAUUGCUAGACUUUUAACUUCUGAGUGGAUGCAAUGACAGUAACAGAAAUGUCUUUUUAAAUAUAUGUAUUCCUAGGUGACAUGCAGUGCCAGGUAUUCUCAUGGAAAACAGCAUUUAAAGAAACCAUUUUUGGUCAAAUAAAUUUGAUCUUAAGUAACCUGCAAU